AUGGGCAGACUCCCUUUUCACCUUAGGGAUCCUACUCCUUCUCGUCGGUUGAUGUUGAGGCGCUGGCGGUCAAUUCGUCAUCCUAUCUUUCAUGUUCUUCCAUGGAAGCCCCCGCCUAUCUAUCUUAGAGAUAUUCCAUGGAAUAUCUCUUAUAAACCUAAUUAUCCUCAGGAACCGGAAAAGUUGUCGUCUGAUGAUGCUACUACUACCUCUAUCUCCAUGCCUGAUCAGUCGACAUCAAGCAUAGCUACAAGCAGCUCCGAUCAGGUAGAGAAGAAUAAGGAUAAGAAGAAGAAAAAGAAGAAGAAGAAGAUGAAGAAGAAGAAGAAGAAGACGAUGCUCAGGCGUUUUUUACGUUUGUGUGUAUAA